ACUCUCUAACUUGUUUCUUGGUUUGGUGUGGCAGAGUCAGCAGCGCCACUUCAGACUACUACUUUUAUCGUGAAGGAAAAUGAUCCCUUUGAAGGUUGAAAAAACUGUUCUUGAUUAGCUUCAGAGAUCUCUGGAUUUAGAAAUGAGUCCACCCCACUCCACUCCACCCCACCCCACCCCACGCCAACCCACGCAUUUCUACUCCAAUAGAUAUAUAGAUACAUACAUCUACUAGCAAUUUUUUUUUUCUUCCUGGGUUUUCUUCAUGGUUCUUUUUCCGUCCUCAUCAUCAUCAUAUGAUUGACAAUCUCACUUUCUCUCUCUAGUCUCCCUCUCUUCAUUGGUCUUGUGUUAUUAUUGAAAUGAAAGAGACAUAAAAAAUCUUUUUUAUUUUAUUUUAUUUAUUAGAUCCAAGUCAACAUCUUAUUCUCUAGUGCUGGUUUUACUGAGCUGGAUUAGUUGUGGAUUGCACUCUGGUAAUUUUGGUGGAAGCUGGCGUAAAGAACAGGCUCGAUUAUCAGUAUCGUGAUUUACUGACUAAGAGUGCGUUUUUUUUUUUUUUUUACAAAGAAUCUGUGAGCUUUUUGAAUUUAAAGAUUGUUUAGUUGAUUAGCUCAUGAAGUAAAAGAGUAAUUUUCAUAGACUCAAUGGGCGGACUUUGCUCCAGAAGGUCCACCAAUGAUAGUGCAUUGGCUGGUGCAUUUCCACACAUAAAUGGGAACUUCAGUUAUGGUUCUGGAUUAGUUUAUCGGUCUCGUGGGUUGGAUGUCCGAGAAGAUAGCAAUUCCGUGCAAGCCUCAUCUGAGGAAGUUACAGAUAAGCAACUGAGGGAACCUUUUUCAUUCCCCGAGUUGGGUGCUAUUUCUCAUGUCACAAACAUUGAUGAUAUCAACGAUGGAAUCCCACAUUUGUCUCGGGCUCUAUCAAAUAAAUCUAGAUCAUCAGGGUCAAAGCAAGUGGCAAUUGCAAAGGUGUCUGAAGUGAGUUCUAUAUUGGGCAGAGCGGGUACCGUUGGGAUUGGGAAAGCGGUGGAUGUGUUGGAUACACUUGGUAGCAGCAUGACUAAUUUGAACCUCAGCGGUGGUUUUGCAUCUGGGAUGACAACAAAAGGGAUUAAAAUUUCGAUUUUGGCAUUUGAAGUUGCAAAUACAAUCGUCAAAGGUGCCAAUUUGAUGCACUCCCUUUCCAAGGAGAACAUUAAACACUUAAAGGAGGCGGUGCUCCCUUCUGAAGGUGUGCAAAGCUUAAUAUCAAAAGACAUGGAUGAACUCCAGAGAAUUGCAGGAGCUGACAAGAGGGCCGAAUUGAAAGUCUUUUCGGGAGAAGUCAUUCGCUUUGGAAAUCGUUGCAAAGAUCCUCAGUGGCACAACUUGGAUCGUUAUUUUGAUAAGUUGGAAUUUGAAUUCAUACCUCAUAAACAAUUGAAAGAAGAAGCUGAAACUGUGAUACAACAAUUGAUGACUUUGGUUCAGUACACUGCUGAACUGUACCAUGAAAUGCAUGCACUGGACAGGUUUGAACAAGACUAUCGCCGUAAGGCUCAAGAAGAGGAUAACUCGAAUACCACACAGAAAAGUGAUAGCCUUGCAAUAUUACGUGCUGAGCUGAAGAAUCAAAAGAAACAUGUAAAGAGUCUGAAAAAAAAAUCUCUGUGGUCGAGGAUUUUAGAAGAGGUAAUGGAGAAGCUUGUAGACAUCGUCCAUUUUCUAAAUUUGGAGAUCCAUACCGCAUUUGGUAGAUCUGAUGGAGAUAAGCCUGUAAAAAACGACCACCAAAAGUUAGGAUCUGCUGGCCUUGCACUGCAUUAUGCAACUAUCAUUACCCAAAUAGAUACACUUGUAACUCGAUCGAGUUCUGUGCCACCAAGUACGAGAGAUGCUUUAUACCAUGGACUGCCACCAGGAAUAAAGUCAGCUCUGCGCAGUAAAUUACAAUCUUUUCAGCUCAAGGAAGAGUUGACUGUUCCACAAAUCAAAGACGAAAUGGAGAAAACUCUGCAGUGGCUCGUCCCGAUGGCCACCAAUACAACCAAGGCCCACCACGGUUUCGGUUGGGUUGGAGAAUGGGCAAAUACUGGGUCUGAGUUGAGCACAAAACCUGCUGGCCUGCCUGAUUUACUUCGGAUAGAAACACUCCAUCACGCAGAUAAGGAGAAAACAGAAGCUUACAUUCUUGAUUUGGUGGUAUUGCUUCAUCAUCUUAUCAGUCAAUCGAGGGCUGAAAAUGUUGGAUUUAGAUCUCCGGUGAAAUCCCCAAUUCGAUCCCCUAAUCAGAAGACAAUUCAGUUGUCAACACACAAGCCAAGCUCGCCAUCUUCAGCUUCUUUGACAAUCGAAGACCACGAGAUGCUCCGAGAUGUAAGCAAAAGGAAGCUGACUCCCGGAAUAAGUAAGAGUCAAGAAUUUGAUACUGCAAAAACGAGGUUAUGCAAGCACCACAGGCUUUGUAAAAGCAGUAGUCAUUCCCCAACAAGUGAAACAAAGAAAGAUCCUUUCCCCAUUAGAAGGCCAUCUUCUGUUCCCAUCAUCGACUUCGACAUCGACCGCAUCAAAGCAUUGGACGUUAUCGAUCGAGUGGACACAAUUUAAAGCUCUUAACGAAAUGUUCAGUUAUCCAUAUUGUCUUCUUCACCUGUCCUUGAACCAGGAUAAAAAAUCGCAGCUGGGGAAUGUUGAAGUUGAGUUGUCGUCUGUGCAUACUGAUUUGCUUGUGAGUUGAAAAAUGAAGAGUUAGGCAGAUUGCUUUGAAAGAGUGCCUAUUGGGCUUUAGUUUUCGUUAGUACGUGUACAGAAUGUUCUUAUAGUUUUACUAAUAAUUAUUAUUCCAUUUUUAUGUUUUGGCAUGUAGGAUUUUGUUUAAUACCA